UUCGCGGUACAUUAUUGCAUUUCUAUAUCAUCCAGUAGUCUCGUUAGCCGUCGUCGUUCUCAAAAUCGCAUGCUGCAAUCGGUGCCCACGUGCGCCGUAGCGAAACUGUCACACGAGGAAAAAGAAGAAUGUUAGGCUUGCUGCUCGGAGCCGUGUUUCUAGCGGUCAAGUCCGUUUGCUUAUGGACUCCGGUCGUCUUCGCUCUUUCGCUGUUCGCCGAGGCGUACUACGCCUACGUGUUCGUCUUCUGCGGUGCGGUCGUGAAGGAGGACGCCCUGUGUCUCGCACUGGCUACAGUGUUCCACCUGCUGCUCUUCUUCUGCCUCUGGUCGUUUGCGCAGACUACGUUCACGUCCCCGGCGCCCGUCCCGCCCUACUUCCACAUCGACGACGACGAGCGCCGGGAACUGGCGCACGCUGCCCGGAACCCGACUCGCCGGGAGGCUCUCUUUGAAGCCAUGGCGACCAAGCGGGGCGUCCUCACGCGAGUCCCCGGCGGCGGCGUCAACUACUGUGACCCGUGCCAGCGGAUUAAGCCCGACCGAUGCCACCACUGCUCGACCUGCGAAAGAUGCAUCCUGAAGAUGGACCACCACUGCCCUUGGUUCAACAACUGCGUCUGUUUCAAUACGUACAAGUUCUUCCUGCUCACGCUGUUUUACAUCGGCCUCCUGUGUGUCUACGUAUUCUUCAGCGUGUCCGUCUACAUGUGGCGUCAGAGCAGGCACCACCGCCUGCUGUCACAGUCGCUGCACACGAUGUUCCUGGUGACUGUCGGAGCGGCUGCAUUCCUUGCGGUCGGCUCCUUCCUCUGCGUGCACAUCAGCUGGGUGUCACGCAAUUGCACCACCUUGGAGUCGUCCCGAGCGCCGACUUUCAAGGAACAUGGCGACUCAUUCGACCUGGGCAGGACCAGAAAUUUCGCCGAGGUUUUCGGUUCACGAGCAGACCUGUGGCUUGUUCCAGUGUUCACCAGCCUCGGCGACGGAUCGCGGUUCCCGACAAGGUUCCAUCCGGAUAGGAACAGUCUCGGCCUGGCACCAAUGCCGACUCCUAGUUCAACCGCGACGAAGAGCGAGGGGGACGACAAGGAUUCGGCCGCGACGACCCCCGCCGAGGAGCUGCGCGGCGCCGUCGGCCAGCGACUCGCGAGAGACGUCGCUCCAGCUCCUCGCUUGACCCCGGAGAGAGCGGGCCCUCCCCGCCGUACGAAGCAGACGGCAGGCCGCUCCGCUCACGGAAUACCCGCACGGAAAGCGUGAACUGCCAGGCUGCGCUCGCCUGCGGUCCCGUCGUGUCGGCCUGUACUGCAACGUGGCCUUAUAUGUUGUUCACUGCGAACGUGGGCUUAUCUGGGAGACCGACAGAAAGCUUUGACACUGGUUGCGUCGACGCGUACACAACACGCACUCACACGUGCGCUGCGGCGCUGUCCUCGCGCACUAUAUUUGUGUAUACCGCUAAAUUUAAUUUAUUGUACCGCAUGA